GGUUUCUACGUUGCAAACUGAGAAGAGGGUUGCUGGGUUGGGCCCCCCUCCUCUGGACACUAACCCCACCCAGCAAGAUCAUCCUGUUCAGCAGUUGACGAAUGACUGUGUGCACCAAAAGGCAACAACGAUGAGGCAACUGAUGCAUUUGUAACUCAAUGUCUUGCUGAAUUCCAGCUUUCUUUUCUCAAGGUGGUGAAACAGGAAGCAACAUCCCAUCAGGAAGAACCUGAGGGUGCCAUCCAGUAGCUUCGCCUCACGUCACUGACUGCCCUCAGUCAGAAAUCUUGACUUGCAACUUUGGAGGGUGGGUCUCUGAAGGAAUUUCAGGGCUUACGCAGAGAUGAGGUGUGUUGCUCUCUGAGGAGAACGAAGCUGGUUGGAUCGUUGGAAGCCACUCUGACUACACUUCACAAGCAAGGGGCACCUUUUGUGGACUGACAUUUCAGAAAGGGAUGUUGUGAAACAAAAGCUGACAUUUAUAUAUAUACAUAUAUACAGUAUUUGAGUUCCUCAGUAGAAAGCUAUCAUAUAUACUCAGAAUGUUUUGGACGUUUAAAGAAUGGUUCUGGUUGGAAAGAUUCUGGCUUCCUCCAACAAUAAAGUGGUCCGAUCUUGAGGAUCAUGAUGGACUUGUCUUCGUAAAACCUUCUCAUUUAUACGUGACAAUUCCAUAUGCUUUUCUCCUGCUGAUUAUCAGACGUGUAUUUGAAAAAUUUGUUGCUUCACCUCUAGCAAAAUCAUUUGGCAUUAAAGAGACAGUUCGAAAGGUUACACCAAAUACUGUCUUAGAGAAUUUUUUCAAACAUUCCACAAGGCAACCAUUGCAAACUGAUAUUUAUGGACUGGCAAAGAAGUGUAACUUGACGGAGCGCCAGGUGGAAAGAUGGUUUAGGAGUCGGCGGAAUCAAGAGAGGCCUUCCAGGCUGAAGAAAUUCCAGGAAGCUUGCUGGAGAUUUGCAUUUUACUUAAUGAUCACUGUUGCUGGAGUUGUAUUUCUUUAUGAUAAACCUUGGCUGUAUGACCUAUGGGAGGUUUGGAAUGGCUAUCCCAAACAGGCCCUGCUGCCAUCCCAGUACUGGUACUACAUUUUAGAAAUGAGUUUUUAUUGGUCUCUGUUAUUUAGACUUGGCUUUGAUGUCAAGAGAAAGGAUUUUCUAGCUCAUAUCAUCCACCACCUGGCUGCUAUUAGUCUGAUGAGCUUCUCUUGGUGUGCUAAUUAUAUUCGCAGUGGGACCCUCGUGAUGAUUGUACACGAUGUGGCUGACAUUUGGCUGGAGUCUGCUAAGAUGUUUUCUUAUGCUGGAUGGACGCAGACCUGUAACACCCUGUUUUUCAUCUUCUCUGCCAUAUUUUUCAUCAGCCGCCUCGUUGUUUUUCCUUUCUGGAUUUUAUAUUGCACGCUGAUCUUGCCUAUGUAUCACCUCGAGCCUUUCUUUUCAUACAUCUUCCUCAACCUACAGCUCAUGAUCUUGCAGGUCCUUCACCUUUACUGGGGUUAUUACAUCUUGAAGAUGCUCAACAGAUGUAUAUUCAUGAAGAACAUCCAGGAUGUGAGGAGCGAUGACGAGGAUUAUGAAGAGGAAGAGGAAGAGGAGGAGGAAGAGGAAGAGGCUACCAAAGGCAAAGAGAUGGAUUGUUUAAAGAACGGCCUCGGGGCUGAGAGGCACCUCAUUCCCAAUGGUCAGCACGGCCGUUAGCUGGAAGCCCGCAGGACUCCCACGGCACAGCAUGCUGCAAGUACUGUUGGCAGCCUGGCUUCCAGGCCCCACACAGACCCCAGAUUCUGCCCUUCCCUCUUUCUCACCACCGCCUUCCCUCCCACCUAAGAUGUGUUUACCAAAAUAUUGUUAACUUGUGUUAAAAUGUUAAAUAUAAGUAUACCCAUGGAUUUUUACUGCAGUUAGGACUCAGACUGGUCAAAGAUUUCAAAGGUUUCUCCACAGAACCGUCUCAGUUCUAAUUGCACUCCUUCAUGCAUGUCACUUUCUCAGGGGCUCACUUUGUUACAGGCCCUGUCGCCACCUUGCCUGUCCUCAGGACGCUUUCACAGGUGCUAAGUAAUCCCAUUUUUCCCAGGUGUGUUUGGCUACGAAGAGCAACUUGUUUCUCAAAAUGAGUUAGAAGUGGCAGUGGGACAGGAGCAGAAGGACCACACCAGGAGACACUUCCACGUUAUGGACACAUGCUGAAGCUUAGGUGCCUCAUCUCCACAGGGCGGUGGCAGUCCCUGCCUGUCACCCCACAGGGUUGCAGAAGUUUAAGUUCACACUGUCAACCGUGGGGUCAUUGUGAACCAACCCACUUUGCACUGUUUGGGAGACAGAAACCUGGCUAAACUUGGCACUGCGUUGUGCCUGAACAAAAGGCAGAAUCUUUAAAAAUUCCUCUUAAAUGACUCUGGAGAUACCUGGAAAUGAAAGUGCCAAGAAAGGCGUUCCAUUUUAUUUGCUGACUAUUUAUGCGUUAGCUCCCCAAGGGUCACUCUCAGAUUCUCCUGGAAUUCUUCUCCCUCAGGACCCAUGGUUCAAGGAAGGAAGUUUAGGCCUUGUUACUUCCUGUUCUUUGCUGGUCUUUCCCUUUCUUCCUUUCUAGGAGGGAAGCUUCUGUGCUGCUGCCCUGAGCCCUUCCUUCAGGCCAGCACAGCUACCUGGGGAGCUCCACGGGGGAAUGGGAUCCAGGCCAGGCUGCUUGCUGAGCAGCAUCACCCGGGAGGCCUGAGCCUCUGGGGAGGGCGCGCAUGACACUGCCAGACCCAGGGGAGAUCUUGGGAACAGAGGAUGCUACGUGAUUUCCUCUGGCUUCCAACCCAAUCAGCCUGCAUCAUGGUGAAACAGCACAACAGAAAAGGCCAUAAAAGGUAUACCCCUGAGAAAUGUUUAAGGGCAGGUGCUAGAGUCAGUGCCAGCUCCCUGGGAAGAGCAUAGGGAUGGGCAGAUCAGUAGCCAGCUUGUCCUCACCCUCAGGAAGGGAGCACCGGGGAAGACUUGCACACGUCCCUGCCUCCCUUGUGGCCUUGUCACCCCAGGGACACAUCUCCUGGGCACAAUGUGCAGGGCUGACCUGGGAGACUUCUCAGGUGGCUGCUGACUGAGGAGAGGCCAGGCCUUCCCAAGGAAGACUCCAAGUAAAAUCUGCAUCUGCCCUCACCGCCCCCACAGUCUCUCAUAACGGUCAGAUUUUGUAUGUUCAUCGUAUUUAUUCAGGGGCUCGUAUUAUAAAGCCACAGGAGAGGUCGGCUUGUAGGGACUGGAAAAUCAGUCCCAAGCAGGGCAGCUGCAGGGCCCCUGGAGCCGGAAGGACACUGCACAGAAGAGAUUGCAUUAUUAUUAUUUUUAAAUAAAAAUACACAUUUGAAACCUUAAGGCUAAAGAAAAAUAAACAAAAAAUCCUUUAGAAUUCUUUCUGCAACAAAAUCUCUUUUUGAGAAACUGUUAAAAACAAGGUCAGAUUUUCUCUGUAUAACAUUUGCUUUUAUGAGGACAAUAUCAUAUGCAUUAUAUGCAUAAUAUGGUAUUAUAAAUCAAAAUGCCUGC